UUUAGCGUCAUAGAUGCUUGAUAUGUCAAAGAUAGUGUUGCAAUAUUUAGGCGAUUUUUACCUAAAUAAAAUCGAGGCAGUUGUAUAAACAAUUGUAGAGGUCAUUAAAGCACUACGUAAACGUAUUUCUUUUCAUGAUCAAACACAGAUUGUUGUUGGCUGUUGUAGGUUACAAACAAACACGUCACCAAUGUGUUCUGUAAAUUGAAGGCAAAUGCCGAGUGUCAUGGAAUAGCAGGAAACACUAAAUACCUAUUUCUGCUAAGCUUUAUUUUGCUCUAAAAUAGAGCUUCUGAGGUAGUGAGCAAUUUAUCAUUUUAUUGGCAUACUGUCAUGUAUUAGUUUCCCGAAAGCGAAUUCUAACCUUAUCCAAUGGUUAUGUUGAGCGUGUAUAGAGGCAGAAUUCUGUAAAACCAUUGUCGAUAUUAUUAAAUGAACGUACAUCAUUUUUGAAGAUAUGGGGACAGAAGAAACCAACAAUAUUCGCCAUCAAGAGGCAAACCACACAGUUACUGCCAAACCGAAGUUUAUGAAACUGUCAUCGUAUGUUUUGGCACUAAGGCCUUGGUCCUUAAGCGGGUCUUUGAUGCCUACCUUAUUGGGAUGUGCACUAUCAUACAAGUGUGGAUACUUCAGUUGGGUUAUAUUAUUACUGACGUUGUUUACAGUCGUGACAGUGCAUGGUGCUGGGAAUGUUGUGAACACAUACUUCGAUUACGUGAAGGGUAUAGAUGGACGGAAGAGUGAUGAUCGUAUCCUUGUAGACCAUAUUUUGUCUAAGGAUGAAGUUGUUACACUUGGUGCAAUGUUGUAUGCAGCAGGCUGCCUUGGGUUUAUUUGCUUGGCAGCAGUUUCACCUGCAAAAAUGGAACACUUGGCUUUGGUGUAUUUUGGCGGACUUUCUAGUUCAUUUCUGUACACUGGUGGAAUAGGAUUGAAGUACAUCGCAUUAGGUGACGUUAUAAUACUCAUUAUAUUUGGACCUAUAUCAGUGUUGUUUUCCUUCAUGUCCCAGACAGGGCAUGUCGACUGGGGAACGAUUUAUUAUGCAAUUCCAUUAGCGUUAAACACAGAAGCUAUCUUACACAGCAACAAUACAAGAGAUCUGGAAAGUGACAGCCGUGCUGGAAUUGUAACACUUGCUAUAUUGAUUGGACAAACAGCUUCACAUAUUUUGUAUGCAUUUCUCCUUUUUACCCCAUAUAUUUUAUUUGUGGCUCUAGGUCUUAGAUACUCUAUGUGGUUCCUGCUACCACUUACGACAUUACCUGCAGCAUUUCGCAUAGAAAAGCAUUUUCGCUGCCUGGAGACUAUUCAGACAGUACCUAGAAAAACUGCAAAAUUAAAUUUAUAUUUUGGUUUUUUGUAUGUUCUUGCCUGCAGCCUGGUAGAUGCAAAUCAUAUGCCUUUUCUACACUGAUUUAAUUUUCUGUGUAGUGCUACAACAAUCACACUAUAGAGGUGUAUUGGUUAUGUACAUUCUGGGUGCAAUUAUUGAAUGUUUAUGAGCACCUCAAAAUUUUGUUUUGUUUCUGAAAUGAUUAAUUUGGUUACUAACUGAUCAAAUGAUUUACUUAUAAUUCCAGAUUUGGCUUAAAACAUCUUAAAUUACUUCGGGAAAUAUGUAACUGAAGUUAGGUAAAAAAUGAAUGGAAAAGACAGUAAAGUAAUAUCUUGUAAACUUUAGACAUAUUUCCUGCUAUUCAGGCCUAUGGCAUUUUAGAACAGCAUGAAACAGUUAGCUGUCAGUUACCUUUCUGGUUAUUUUGGACACAUACUUUGAAAAAUGUUACUUAUUUGCUUUACUUAGUUUUUUAAUCACCGCUGAAUGGCCUUCAGCAUUACCAGUAUAAGGUCACUGGCAGUGGUACAAUUCUAUCUAAAAUGCUUAUCAAUUGGGUGUUGAAGCAAGUAUUGUUACUAAACAAAGAAUAGCCUUGCAAUAACAAGCCUGUAGAAAUAAAUGUGGAAGGUUUAAUAGCACAAGCUACUGAAUCACAAAAUUUUAUUGAAAGCCCUCUUCAAGUGCUUGAAGAGAAAUUCAUGUUAUACGUUUAGGAAGCUGUGUUCUUUGGCUGAUAAGAUUUGUACUGAAGUAUUAGGCUAUUUAAGUUGUGACAACAGUUGUGAAAGUGUGGUGCAAGUUAAUGAUAUACCCAGAAUGCAGAGUUAACUGAAUGGAUUCCAGAGGAAAACCAUAAACACUGAGUCAGUAACGAAGAAAUGUGAACUCUUCAUAUCUCUCUCUGUUGUGGUAGCUUGUCUAUCUCAUAGUUAAUGACCAUACCUACAUGCAUUCGUGAUGUGUUUGACAAUAAGGACCAAGAUAGGUGUAAGUGUGUUAUGCAGGACUUUGUUUCAAUACAGGAUUACCUCAUAUGCCUAAAUAUCGAUAAUAAGAGCAGCUGCUUUGAGAUGUUUCAUUGUAUGAAUAUGUGCUAAUGUAAUCAUUGUUGUGAUUAUAUGUGGUAAGUUAUCAAGACUAAUAUUUAAAUAUUUAGAUGUUCUAUUUUGAAACAUUGUCAAUAUGUGUAGGUCAUUGUUCAUUUUUUAUAUUGGGGUUUGAGUACUUAAGAGGAUUCAGUGAUUUUAUGAUCUGCAGCCAUUUAACUACAAGCAGUAUAAGCUAAAAUAAAUUCAAUUUUUGGUGAAAUAAUGUAGCUGCAGUGUAGCAAAUAAUAGUCUAUACCAUGCUUAACAUUCUGUGAACAUAUCUCUGUUUUGACAGUAAAUGAAAUGGCACUAAAAUCUUCUUUCACAGAUUUAGUUAGUACUGUACAGUCUAAACAAGCAAGAAAUGUUACACUUCAGAAGAAUUUUAACAUCAAAUAUCUCUGUUAUUUUCAGUUUUUUGUUCUGAUUUAGAGCCUAUAUUGUUUUUAAUUGUUAAUAUUUCUUUGAAUUUUUGUGCUGGGCUGUUCAAGACAAAACAAAGACUCAGUGUGUUCACUCCUGUGUAGUUACAGCUUCAUAGCUGAAUGGUGCUUGAACUUAUGUACUGUAUCAACGUAAACGUGUCUGUGAGCUUAUUACCUGUCACUGUGUGUGUGUGUGUGUGUGUUUGUGUGUGUGU